AAAAACGUGUGUCAAAAAUAUAUAUUUAGAUUUUGAGAAAAUUUUAAGAAAAGCAGUUCGCGUUGUCAACACACAAAAUCACAAAACAAAAAUUGAUUGAAAACGGUCCAAAGUAGAUCAGUGAAACAUAUUUAUUUAUAAAUUAAUAAUGACCAAAAAGAUGGAAUCGUCUGGCCGGGCGAAUCUAUCGCAUUUGGUGCUCGAGAAUCGCUUGGUGGGCAACAAAUAUCGCCUGAUCAGGGAAAUUGGCAGUGGCUCGUUUGGUGUCACAUAUCAGGGCUACAAUAUGCAGGAUGGCAAGGAUGUGGCCGUCAAGCUCGAGGGCAUUGAUGUGAAAAUUCAUCUAUUAAGUUUCGAGGCAAAGGUUUACGAGCAAAUGGGUCAACAUGCCGGCUUGCCAACACUCCUGCACUAUGGCAGCGAGAAGGACUUCAAUGCGAUGGUUAUGGAACUGCUGGGUCCCUCGCUGGAGGCACUCUUCAACAUAUGCAAACGCCGUUUCACCGUGAAGACGAUCCUCAUGCUCAGCGAUCAGAUGUUGUCGCGAGUGGAGCGUGUGCAUCAGAAGGGUUUCAUCCAUCGCGAUAUCAAGCCGGAUAACUUUCUGAUGGGUCUGGGCCGGCAUUGCAGUCGCUUGUAUAUUAUUGAUUUUGGUUUGGCGAAGCGUUAUCGCGAUCGGGAGACGAACACACAUAUACCGUAUCGUGAGGAUCGCAUUCUCACCGGCACAGCCCGGUAUGCCUCGAUCAAUGCUCAACAGGGCAUCGAGCAGUCGCGUCGCGAUGAUUUGGAAUCGCUCAGCUAUUGCAUCAUGUACUUCAAUAUGGGCAAAUUGCCCUGGCAGGGCAUACCAGCUGCAAACAAAAAGCAGAAAUAUGAAAAAUUAAUGGAAAUAAAGCGGAGCAUAUGCAUCGAUGACAUCUGCAAGACGUGGCCCAUUGAAUUUGGCCUGUUCAUGAAAUACGUGCGCAACUUGCGCUUCCUCGAUGAACCAGACUAUGUCUAUUUGAGGCAAUUGUUUCGCAUCCUCUUCCGUUCGCUCAAUCACAAAUUUGAUCAUGUCUUCGAUUGGACUCCUCAGCCGCAUGCCACAAAGGAUGGUGAUGGCGAUGGGGAUCGUGUGCGUCCGCGUCGAGAACAUCAGCUGGUGGAGAUAGAAGUGCGGCGUCAUCGCAGUAGUCGUCCACAUGCGACGAAUUCGCGUUUAGAUUCGGGCGAUGGCCUCAAGCAAAAGAAGCCCUAUGAUAAGCACUCUAAGUGAUCCAUAUCUGUUUGAAAUCUAUCACAAUAUCAAGUCAAAAUUAUUUAAAAACCCGAUUUGCAUAGUUAUGUUAAAUUGUUGAAAUCUUUA